CCACCUUUGUACUUCCUGAAUAAAUAUUUGACGAUAAUGAAGAUUCAAAUCUUCCAAUCUAGGGAUUUUUAAAACACACAGUAAUUGACAUGUUUACUGUAUUGAAAUAAUGUGUUUGAAUUGUUUUUUUUAAAUUAUUUCGUCGUGAAAGGUGCUUUUUGAUAAUGCCAGACUUAUCUUUCGGUACUUCCCUUGUGGCCGAACACUGUCAUCAAUCUCUGGUGAAUUUGGGCGAAGGCGAAAUCAAAACAAUCGAAAAUUUUAAAACGUUUUUAUCGAAACAAGUUAGUUUGAUUGAAAAUUAUUGUCAUGGUAUGCAGAAAUUGAACACCACUUGUGAUAUCAGUAAGUUUGGCUAUGAUGAAGAUAGUCCGUUCGUCAAGGCUUGGAAAGUUUUCCACAUCGAAAACAUCCAAGUUUUGAGCACCCUUAACCAACUGGCCUCCAACUUGUCACUGUCCAUUAUGCCACGGUUGGACAAAUUGCUAGGUUAUGUAAAGGAAGCGCACAAGCAAUACAAAAGUAACAGAUUUCGAAUUGACAGUGAACUAAAAGAGCUUGUGAUCAAGAAGGUCGAUUACGAGACAUAUCGCCAGCAUGCUGAAGAGCUGGAAAGUGCCAAGCAAAAACUGGAUAGCGGCAAAGCAAAAGCAGACAAAGCGAAGCAAGACAGAGUGAAGAAAGUCAAUUUGAAGCUUUUUCAAAAUCAUAAUGAUUAUAUACUUGCAAUAGAAGCAGCUUCCAUCCAUCAGACUCAUUACCAAUCCGCAAUCAUUCCUAAUCUCAUGAACUCAUUGCAAUCUGUAAAGGAAGAUCUUGUAAAUGAAUGGUUAGUGCAAUUUUGCAUGAAAAUAUCAAAACAUACUCUGUACAAUGCACAGUUGGCUGAUGCCCUUAGCAGCUCAAUUAACAAAAUCAAAGAAGAUAAUCCAUAUGAACCAUUUAUUGUCAACAAAGGUUCUGCUUUUGAUCCUCAUCCAGAAUUUGUCUUCGACGAAGAGUUGCUGAGCAUAACAACCACAGACUUGAUUGCGAAUGAAAUUGAAGUAAAUGAGUUGACAUUUGAACAGCUUAAAACAAAGAACAUGCUACUGGACAAAGCUGUGUCCGAAACGAAAUCCAAGCUAAAUAUGUCGAGUACCGAGUAUCAAGCUACGAAGCAAGUCCUGAGUGAGAUCAGAGGAAACGUACAUGAUCAUGAAAAUUUAGGAGGAAUAUUUACGAAGCAAAUGGCUGUGGCGGAUUUGUCACGUGAAUUGAAAGAGCUUAGUUGUACUCACGAGAAAGCUGUGGCACAAAAAGAGAUUAUCAGGCAGGCUUUGGAAAAAACUGAUGGUGAACCAAAGGCGAUAAACGACCCUCCUCCGUCUGCCAAUUCUGAUAAUACAUUGAAGAGAAGAUCAUUGCGAAUUCCUUUUCCUACACGUUCAAAAGUCGACACAAAUCAUUUACAAGGGAGCUCAGCUAGUGACAACCUUUCAUCCAAUCCCUUACGAAGGCCAUUGCCUACCACACCACAAAGAACUAACGACAAUGAGAACAGUGACGAUGAAGUUGAUGAAUAUGAUAAGCCUGUGGAAGCUCCCCUUGAGAAUGAAACGUGGUAUCAUGGAAUGAUUUCAAGGCAGGAAACUGAAGAAAUGCUUCGACAAAACGGGGACUUUUUGGUCCGAGAAAGCAGCAAAAAGCCCGGGAGCUACGUUCUGUCUGUGCAGUGGGGAGGAUUACGUCAUUUUAUAAUAUUACAAGACGAACCUGGAAAAUAUCGCCUCGAGGGAGAAGCGUACGCGACGGUCACGCAUCUUAUUGACUAUCACAGGAAACAGCAAUGUGAGGUGACGAGAAAGACAGGUGCGUUGCUAAAGAAUGCAAUCCCGAGAACGAAGUCGACAGGAAGAAAUCUCAAACAUGAUGACGUCAUUAUCGAGACGAAGUUGGGUCGUGGACAUUUUGGUGAUGUGAUGAAAGGUCGACUACGAACUACUGGUGAACAAGUCGCUGUAAAAACAUGUCGCGAUAAUGUUUUACCUACAACGAAAGAUAAAUUUCUGCAAGAGGCCGCGAUUCUUGCUCAAUAUAGCCACCCAAAUAUUGUCAAAUUAAUUGGAUUCGCGACUGACAAGGAGCCAGUUUAUAUUGUCAUGGAACUUAUGCCCGGAGGAGACUUCUUGAAUUAUUUACGCAAGCAUGGUGGCGAUAUCUCAUCGACAGAAAUGUUGCAAUAUUGUAUCGACGCGGCCAGUGGAAUGAAGUACCUGGAGGGUAAAGGUUGUAUACAUAGGGAUCUGGCGGCGAGAAAUUGCCUAUUGGAUAAGAGAAAGGUUCUCAAGAUAUCAGAUUUUGGAAUGUCUAGGGAAACAGAUAUUUACCAAUGUUCCAACAUGCGUGAAAUACCCGUGAAAUGGACAGCACCCGAGGCUCUGAACUACAGUCAAUAUACAUCAGCUAGUGACGUGUGGAGCUUUGGUGUUCUACUUUGGGAGACGUAUUCUUUAGGGAAUACACCCUACCCUGGAAAGGGUAACAAGGAUACACGAGAACAGGUUGACAAAGGGUAUCGUAUGCCUCCGCCAGCUGGAACACCACCCGCAAUAUACCAAGUUAUGAUGCAGUGUUGGAAACAUGAGCCCACAGAUCGACCAACAUUUAGUGCUCUACUUGUAAAGCUGAAGAAAAUACAGCAACUCCCUCAUUGAUAUAAUAUGAAGUUGCGAGAAAUGUAACUCUUAUCAUAAAAAUAAUGUCUUGUUUAACGGAUAACAUAAUGCACUAACAUAUUUAUUUUUUCAUUGUUAAUGUUUUAUAAUUAGCAAUUUUCGUCAAAAUGAAAUCGACUUUUGUAAACAAGCUAUUUUCAUUGGUUUAUUAAAAUAAACACACCAUUUGUACUUCCCAA